UUUACUGAUGACUGAUUUGUGUUCAGAACCCAUCAGGUUGGUGGGAGGAGCCAGUCGCUGUGAAGGAACACUGGAGCUGAAGCUCGGAACAUGGAGACCAGUGAAAGCCUCAGGUUGGACCGACCAGGAAGCAGCUGCAGCCUGCAGAGAGUUGGACUGUGGUUCAGUGGUUUCCAUGGGAACCAGGAGUGAUUCUUCAAUUACUCCUUUUUGGGAAAUUGAGCUCAGCUGUUUGAAAUCUGGAUAUCCACUAAGGCAGUGUGCAUCACCAUCAUUAUUGUCUUCAUCAUCUCAGUCUGGUACUAUUCUGGAGCUUGUGUGCACAGACCUGCUGGUUCAGCCAAUCAUUUCGGUGUCGUCCAGUGACGGGGUCACAGGCGCCAUGCAGUCCAGCUCAGCAGGAGUGUUUCAGGGCUCCAGCUUCACCAUCAGCUGCUCCAUCCAGCCACAGUAUCCAGGAGGCUCCUUCCAGCUCUCCUUCACCUCUUCCAACACACCACACAGCUACGACCAGCCAGCCAGCAAACACUCUGCACACUUCCUGUUUCCUGCUGCAGAGCCCGCCCACAGAGGAAACUACAGCUGCGUUUAUAACGUCCAUGUUUUCUCUCAUAACUUCUCCUCCCAGAGCCGUGUGCUGACUCUGAGAGUCUCAGAUCCAACAGUUUUCAUCAUCAGACUGGUGAUCCUGCUGCUGAGUCUGCUGAUCUUCAUCUCUGUGAUUUACUGCAGCCAUAAGACCACUAGGGGGCAGCAGACUGUCGCACGGAGGAACGUGGAUGUUGGAGAUGAAGUGAGAGAGGUGGUGGAAGAACAGGAGGAGGCAGCUCUGUAGUGACACCAUGUGGUGGAGAAUGUGUACUGAAGGAAGCAGCUCCUUGUAGAAACACUCCUGCUGUUACUUUGAUGUUUAAUGUAUUUUUCCCCAAAUCAAGGCAUGUGCUGUAUUUUUUGAUUGGUUCUGUUUUUCCAUAGUAUUGUCUUUCAUUUUCUUAUUAAUGGCUUUUAAUAUAAUCCUUAUAAUAUGGUUUCAGACUAUUUAGAUUCAUGUAAAUCUCAGAUUAUCCAGAGACUUUGUGAUCAGCAGUGUUGCUGUGAGUUUGCUUUUUGUGUUGAUAUGUGAUAAGGACAUUCAGUCAGAAUGAUGAUGAGUAUGGAGCUACGUUGAGGUCAUAAAGAUUGUUAAAAAAAAAUUUAAACAAUAAUUAAACUUGAUCUGAAAAAGUAUUUUUGAACUUUUGUUUUAA